ACCAUAAUUAUGGUUCCCUAUUCUGUCACGGACUGUAACGAUAAUCUUCUUUGGCAAGAGGAAGAUGAACCUUGCAGUGGAUACUCCAAAGAGAAUAAUCUAUUGACGCAAACACAUGGCGUCAAGACCGUCCAUGUGACCGAACGUCGUUGGAUAUUUCAAGAAACAGGACCAGCCAGCUGUCAUUAUUAGCGACAGGCGAGCGAGUUAAGCGUUAAAACUGAAUGUAAACAUGGUGGCCGAGAGGUGAACGAAACAGCAACAUGGUCUUCGAAAGCGUGGUGGUAGAUGUCCUAAACAGGUUUUUAGGGGAUUACGUUGUAAACCUUGACAGCUCACAACUCAAGCUCGGGAUUUGGGGAGGUGAUGCAGUGCUCAGAAAUCUUGAAAUAAAGGAAAAUGCCUUGAGUCAACUUGACAUUCCUUUUAAAGUAAGAGCAGGGCAUAUAGGACGCUUGGAGUUGAAGAUUCCAUGGAAGAAUCUGUACACCCAGUCAGUGGAAGCCACGCUGGAUGGAGUCUACCUACUCAUCGUGCCCACAGCCAGUAUAAAGUAUGAUGCAGAGAAGGAGGAGAAACAGCUCCAGGAGGCUCGUCAGAGGGAGCUGCAGAGGAUCGAAGAGACCAAACAGAAAGCAGCAGAGCAAGAAAACCCCGCACUUGAGAAGCAGGACACCUUUGUGGAGAAACUUGUGACGCAGGUGAUCAAGAACCUUCAAGUGAAGAUCUCCAACAUCCACGUCCGCUAUGAGGAUGAUGUCACCAACCCCAAUUGCCCCUUUUCAUUUGGAGUGUCACUGCAGAACCUCAGCCUUCAGACAGCAGAUGAGAAUUGGAUGCCUUGUCUCCUGGAUGAGAAAGCCAAGCUGUUUUUCAAGCUUGUCCAGUUGGACAAUCUCUUUGCUUACUGGAAUGUGAACUCGAUGCUGUACUCCAAUCACAUGCCAGAUGAGGCCCUGCGAUGCCUCCAGGACAGCAUCCCGGGGGGUUCCACUCCCAUGAACCACGAUUUCAUUUUUCGUCCGAUAACGGCCGAUGCGAAGCUGCGCAUGAACCCCCGGUCGGAUGUGGACUUCUCCUCUCCCAAGGUGGACCUGGUGGUCAACCUAAGAGAGGUGGCCGUGGAGCUCAACAGACCACAGUACAUCAGCAUUCUGGAGCUCCUGGGAUCAGUGGAUAUGAUGUCACGCAACCUGCCCUACAGGAAAUACCGGCCGCAAGUCCACGUGCACACCAACGCCUAUCUAUGGUGGCAGUAUGUGAUCACAGGCAUCAUGGAGGUGGACGUGAAGCCGCGGCUGCACAUGUGGUCGUGGCAGCACAUCCGCUGCCACCGGCAGACAGUCAAGCAGUACAGAGAGCUCUACAAGGCCAAGAUCACCAGCAAGAAGCCCACUGAGAAGCAGCUCAGGGAGCUGGAGGAGCCUGAGCGGACUCUGGAUAUUUUUAACAUCACUCUGGCCAGGCAGCAAGCUGAGAUGGAGGCAAGCAAAGCGGGGCUGCGUAUCUUCCGUCCGGGGGUGAAGGUGGAGGAGGAGGAAUCUCAGGGCUGGUUGGGCUGGAUGUGGUCCGGCUGGUCAGGAGACUGUGGCGCCGAGGCCAAGGAGGUCAAGACCGGAGCUUUUGACGAGCUUAUGACUUCUGCUGAGAAGGCCAAACUCUACACCGCCAUCGGCUACAGUGAGAUAGCUGUCAAUCAUAACCUGCCAAAGAACUUUGAGGAUAUGAAGAUUAAUUUCCACAUGGAGAGGAUGUCUGUCUCAAUGAAAGACAACAAGGACCAGAAUGAAAUCCUCAAACUCACAGUUGAAGAUCUGAAAUCCAUGCUGACCCAGAGGCCCGGAGCACAAGCCAUUAAGCUGUCGGCCCAGCUCAGUCUGUUUGAGGUGACAGGACUAGCCAGUAACCGGCCGGCACCCACAUUGCUGUCGUCAAGGAAGGCUGCCACGGUAACGGGGACACCCUUGUUGGACAUCCUGUUUGAGACCAACCCUCUGGACGAGAGCGCUGAUCAGCGGCUCCGCGUCGAGUCCCAGCCUCUGGAGAUCAUCUAUGAUGCUGUGACGGUAAACCGCAUGUCUGCGUUCUUCUCACCGCCUGAUGACCUCCAGCUGGACGAUCUGACCAACGCCACUCUCAUGAAGCUGGAGCAGUUCCGAGACCGCACCUCCACAGGACUGAUGUACGUGAUUGAGACCCAGAAGGUUCUGGAUCUGAACGUCAACCUCAUGGCCUCCUACGUAAUCGUUCCCCAAACCGGCUUCUACGACUCCACCCAGAACCUCAUGCUAUUGGACCUGGGCCACUUCAAGGUGUCUAGUCUGAGCAGAGAGGGGCUGCCGCAGCUCUCUGUAGGGAGAAGUACUAUAGAGGACAUUAUGUCCCGGGCCUACGACAGCUUCGACGUCCAGCUCAGCAGCCUUCAGUUCCUCUACAGCAAACCAGAUGGGGACUGGAAGAAAGCCCGUAAGCUGAGGCAGUCGGCCCUCCACAUCCUGGAGCCUGUCGACGUCAAGGUGGUGUUCAGCAGAGCCAUGGUGGUCACAGAUUCCCGCAUGCCCAAGUUUAAAAUCUCCGGGGAGCUGCCCCUCCUGUCUCUGAGGAUCUCUGAUGAUAAGGUGCGGGGUGUGCUGGAGCUGAUCGACAGCAUUCCGAUGCCAGAGAGCAGGCGCCCGCGCAGCACCAACACUCACUCAACAUCCAAGGCUUUAAAGCAGUCGUACACCCCUCAGCUAACCCCCAGGAAACCAACCAUGGCUGAACUGCGCAACUCCCUGAUAUGGGAAUCAGGCUCAGAGGAGGACCUGUUCUACGAUGCUCCCAGCUCUCCUAUAGGAGACCGGCCGUUCUUCCCCGACAACAUGCCCAGCCCCCUGCAGCGCUCUGACUCAGUCAAGAGGAGAGGUCUGGUCAAGAAAGACCCCAAGAAGAACAUGACCGAGUUCCUCAUGACAUUUGAGAUCAGCAAACUGUCCGUUCAGCUGUGUCGUCUCUCUGGAGGCGAGGAGGUCACAGUGUUGCACCUGGAAAUCGAGGGGCUGGGCACCGAGCUGAAGCUACGUACCUUCGACAUGACAUCCUACACGUUCCUACGAGAGAUCUGCCUGGAGUGCCCCGAGUACAUGGAUUCAGAGGAGAAGAAAGUGCACCUGAUCACCACUCUAGACAACACAGAGGAUGACCUCCUCACAUUGGAGUACACUAAGGCUGAUAAGAAUGGGCCAGAAUUCAAGUCUGAGUACAAGAACACUGAACAAUCAGUUAAGGUGAACUUCUCGUCUCUGGACAUACACCUGCACACGGAGGCUCUGCUCAAUGCCAUGAACUUCCUGAUCAGUCUCCUCCCCCCGACCAAGGAGGUGGCGCCCAGCCAGGAGGAGCUGCCCACCAUCCCCGAGGAGGACGAGGGAGAGGGGGAGGAAGGCGAGAAGAAAGAGGGAUCGGCUGUGGCAAAAAAAACCUCUUCUAAGAAGUCAAAGUUUGAGGAUGUGGUGAAUUUGCACAUCAGAGCCGAUCUCAACUGUCUGAAGGUUUUCAUCCGAGGCCAGAGCCACAGGAUAGCGGAGAUCCGCAUCGAGGGCCUGGUGUCGGAGGUGCUGAUGAGGAAAAAAGCGGUAGAGGUUCUGGCCAACCUGAAGAACAUAGUCAUCCUGGACUGUGAUAAGGAGGCGUUGUACAAGCAGUGUGUGUCCAUAGCCGAUGAGGAGGUGUUUGCAUUCCGCAUGGUGAACCACACUGAAGCCACGGAGGGCGACGCCUAUCUAGACAUGGGUAAAGUGGACACCAGCGUCACCCUGACGGUGGGCUGCAUCCAGGUCAUCUUCCUCAACAAGUUUGUCUCCUCCAUCCUGGCCUUCAUCAACAACUUCCAGGUGGCCAAGGAGGCCCUGGCUGAGGUGACGGUGCAGGCAGCGGAGAAGGCGGCCACGGGGGUGAUGGAGCUGGCUGAGCGCAGCACCCGCAUCUCCCUGGACGUGGACUUCAACGCUCCCGUCGUCUUCCUGCCGCAGUCGUCGUCCUCCGCCAACGUCAUCGUGGCCGACCUCGGUAUGGUCACGGUCAAGAACCGCUUCGCCAUGGUCCCCUCCCAAAUGCACGUCAAGAUCCCUCCCGUCAUGGACACCAUGACCGUGGGCCUCAGCGACCUCAAGAUGUACAGAACCACCUUUGAGGAGGGGAGGUUUCAGGGGGAAAUCCAGCUUCUGAAGCCGGUCAACCUGGACCUGUCCAUCCAGAGGAACCUGUCAGCCUCCUGGUACCACAGCAUCCCCGACAUAGAGAUCACUGCUCACCUCAAACCAAUGAACCUGAUCCUGGGUCAGGAUGAUAUGACGGUGGUGUUGAGGACUCUGAGUGGGAACCUGUCAGAGACGUCAGACUCUGCUUCCCCCCCUCCUCCUCCGCGUACAGUGGACCGCUCCGACACGGUCUCUACCAAAGGCUCACAGGCGUCAGGAGGUACUGGUAGUAACCCCACCAGCGGCAACACGGUGGUAACUGCUGCAGUGGUGGAGACCCAGAAGAGCACCAAGCUGAAGAGCACACUCAAACUGGACUUCAAGUUUGACUCCAUGACCCUGGUCCUGUACAGCCCCAAUGGGACUGAGGUGCAGGUGUUGGACUCGAGGGAUGAGCAGCUGAAGCUGGCUGAGUUCACCCUGGGGACUAUCUCUACAUCUGUCCACAUGUUCUCAGACGGAUCUAUGAAGGCCUCCGUCAAACUCACAGACUGCCUGCUAGACGACAAAAGAUGCAGGGUCAAGAAGAUCACUGCCAGGAUGAUGGCGAUGCGUCCGGGCGCUGAGAGGAAUGUGAUGGUGGAGGUGAACUACAAGCAGGGCCGCGACGGCACCUCUUUGGACACGGUGGUGCAGGACGUGUACCUCUGUGCCAGCAUGGAGUUCCUGCUCACUGUGGCCGACAUCUUCCUCAAGGCCAGCCAGCAGGGCUUCUCCUCCGCCACCCCCAAGAACAGCAGUAGCACUAAACCCACUGCAGCCGCAGCCUCCAAGGAAUCUGCUCCAGUGGGGGUGGUGGCAAAGUCAGAGAUUAAUGUUCUGGUGAAGAACCCCGAGAUUGUGUUUGUGGCCGACCUGACACGUGCCGACGCCCCGGCCCUGGUCAUGACCACGGAGUGCGAGUUGGUGAUGAAGAGCGACCUGGACGGUCAGCUGAUGACUGCGGUGGUCAAGGACCUGAAGGUGGUGGCCUGCCCCUUCCUGAAGGAGAAGAGGAACAAGGAGACCACUGUGCUGCAGCCCUGCCAAGUGUUCUUCAAGAGCACACAGUCCUCCACCUCCCCGCAGGCCAUGGAGGUCUGCAUCAACGCACUCACAUUCAAGGUGUCGCCCAUCAUUAUCAACACAGUGAUUACCAUUCAGUCGGUGCUGAGCCCGGCCGGUGCCGAGACACCCCAGUCUGAGCUGGAGAGCCCCGUGCCCCCAGACCUGUGGGAGCGCCGGUCCUGGAGGGACCUCAAGCUGUGGUUCCUGGAGGAGGAGGGUAAAGACGAGGAUGCCCAGUCCCUGGUCCCGCUGAUUCCCCAGGGCGAGUCCCUGCAGUUGGCCAUCAACUCCAUCUGCCUGACACUGGAGGCAGGGGUGGGCCACCGCACCGUCCCCAUGCUCCUGGCCAAGUCCUCCUUCCACGGUGACGUCAAGAACUGGAGCACCCUCAUCAACCUGCACAGCCAGCUCAACCUGGAGGUUCACUACUUCAACGAGGUGAUGGGGGUGUGGGAGCCACUGCUAGAGCCCCUAGAAGACGAGACCCGAGAUGGAUUCAGACCCUGGACCCUGGGAUUAAAGAUGAAGAAGAAGCCAGUGAAGUACACAGGUAUAUCAGAAGAAGUGGACUACAGCAUCCCUGACUACAAGACCGUCAUCAGCAUCAGCAGCAAGGACCAACUUAACAUCACCCUCUCCAAGUGUGGACUGGGCAUGCUCAGUAACCUGGGCACGGCCUUUGCGGAGGCGGCCAAGCAGGCAUCGGAUAGUUUCCAGAAGGACGAGGCUCCGUUCGUCGUGAAGAACCGUCUAGGUCUGACUGUAUCGGUGGUGCACAGUGAGCUGUUCAGCCCCCUGGGUCGCGAGGCCACGGCGCGCCGGGUAGAGCUGCAGGACGGAGAGAGCCUCAACAUGGACUACCGUCGCACCACCACCCACUCAGACCAGUUCUCUGCCAUGACAUCGUUGGUAGCCAAGGACUACUACAUACAGCCCACUCCGGUGGGCCACACUUCAACAGGCAUGAUCCCGUUGAUCAAAGUGGGGCGUGGCAUGUACAGUGUCAUGCACAAAGACUCUGGGGUCACGCGUUUCCUGGUCUGUCAGAUCUACUCUGUGGAGGGAAGCAAGUACAUCAAGAUCCGCUCUCCCUUCCAGAUCAUAAACCACUUCUCCAUCCCAUUCAGAGUGAUGGAGGGCUCUACCAGUCUGGGGAUAUCACUGCCUACAGAGGAGUUCUGUGUGCCUCUGGACUCCUACAGGUCAGAGCUAAGACUGCAGCCGGUAACCGAGGGAGACGAUCAGUACGACUGCUCCGAGGGUUUCAGCUACGAGUUGGUGAGCCAGCAGCCCGGUGCACGUGUGCAGCAGACCUGUCAUCGCCAUGGUGACAGCGCUGGCGUCCUCAUGGUCAACAUCGUCCCUCUGAAAGACACGGUGACAUCACAACACACAGGAAUGGCCGGGGAGCACUUUGACGAGCCCUACAUCCUGCACCUGUGGCCCUCUGUCCUGCUCCGGAACCUUCUGCCUUACCCCAUCACCUAUCGCCUACAGGACAGUGAAGAGCCCACCCCCAUCACCCUGAUGGACGGCCACUCGGCCCAGCUGCACACCGCCAUCAUGGACCAGUCCAGCCUGGAACUCCGCCUCCUCGACUACCUGGGUCAGGAUUGGCAGGCCCACUACGGUCUCUGUGGCGACCUGGAUGAGAUCACCUUCAUUGUGUUCAGCUCUCUGCGCGUUGAAGAGGAGGUGGUCAGGUUAGGAGAGGGGGGAGAAGGGAAGAGGGCGGAGCUCGAUAUUGCGGUGCAUGUGAAGUACGACGCGGGCCAGACUGAGGUGGCUAUCCAUUCUCCCUACUGGAUGGUGAACAAGACGGGCCGCCUGCUGCAAUACAAGGCCGAUGACAUCCACCGCAAACACGCCAUGGACUACGAUAUGCCUCUGCUCUUCUCCUUCAAGCCACACAACUUUCUGCAGAACAACAAGGUGCGGCUGAUGAUCUCGGACAGCGACCUGUCGGAUGAUUUCUCCCUGGAUACCGUGGGUAGUUAUGGUGAAGUGAAGUGCAAAGGGAGGCUUAAAGAUUACGUGAUCGGAGUGAAGAUCGACGCCAGCAGUUUCAGCCUGACCCGUAUCGUAAGCUUUGUGCCAUACUACCUGUUAGUGAACAGGACCAAACAUGUGAUCUGGGUGGGAGAGGAGGGCCAGGACGACUGGACCGAGGCCAGACCACAACAGGCAGCCAUCCCGUUUUGGCCUGAGAGGGACUCCAAGAAGCUCAAAGUCAAAGUAGAAGGCAGUCGGUCAACUCCUCAAACCAUGGACUUCACCAAACCGGAAAACUGCCUGCUGCUGCAUCUGGACAACACUCUGGGCGGGGUCAUUAUGGAUGUGAACCUAUCGGACCACUCGAUUAUCAUCCGUUUCUCUGACUACCACGACGGGGCCGCCCCCUUCCUCAUCAUCAACCACACCCAGGAGCAGACUGUGGAGUUCUACCAGAGUAGUCAGAAGGAGAAGGACAAGCUAAGCCCCGGGAAGGUAAUGUACUACACCUGGGCUGAGCCCACUGGAUCGCGCUCUCUGGCCUGGCAGUGUGGCAGCUACAGCGGCGAGCUGAGGAGCGAAGAGGACCUGCGGUUGGACGUGAACGAGGAGGGUAAGCUGUACCUCAUCUCGUUCUACGAGGGCCUCCAGCGGGUGGCGCUGUUCACCGAGGACCGACGCAUAUACAAGCUGCUGUGUGAGAGUGAGAAGGCCGAGCUGGCCGAACAGGAGAUAAUCCUCUCCCUGCAAGACGUGGGCGUCUCCCUGGUCAACAACAGCAGCCGCCAGGAGGUGUCUUUCAUCGGUAUUACCAGUUCAGACGUGGUGUGGGAGUCCAAGCCAAAGAAGAAGUCUCGCUGGAAACCCCUGAGUGGAAAAGAUGCCGAGCUGCUGGAGACCCACUUCAAAGAGUACACAGAGAGUGGACCAGUGGACAACGCCAUCUUAGACCUGGAGAACAACUUCCAGGUGUCUUUGACCCAUAAUGGGCAAGACAUGAGGAUGAUGCAGCCAUAUGACGCUCCAAUCAGGAGGAGCUUCCUGCCAGGGGUGAAGGUGGAGUACAGCGUAUCGGCCCGCCAGAGUGCCUACCGUGUCCAGAUCAACCGCAUACAGAUCCAGAAUCAGCUACCUGGAGCAAUCUUCCCAUAUGUCUUCUACCCUAUAAAACUACCUAAGUCUGUCACCAUGGACUCAGAGCCCAAACCUCUGACCGACAUCAGCAUUGUUACCAGGGCAGCAGGGCACUCUGAUAUCUCACGCAUCAAGUAUUUCAAGGUGCUAAUCCAGGAGAUGGAUCUGAAGUUGGACCUGGGCUUCCUUUAUGCCAUCUUGGAUCUGUUCACUCCGGAGAACGCCAGCGUGAUGACGUCAGAGCAGCAGGUGGAGUUGUUUGAGAAGGACAUAGAGUAUCUGAAGACGGAGCUCAACGACGUCUCGGCCACUGACACAUCCCCUAUCAGUCUCUAUGAGUACUUCCACAUCUCUCCUAUCAAGCUGCACCUCAGUUUCUCUCUGAGUUCUGGAGGAGAGGAUGGUAACAAGGAGAAGAGGGAGACCGAGAUCAUCCCUGUCCAGUCCCUCAAUCUGCUGCUGAAAAGCAUCGGAGCAACCCUCACUGACGUGCAGGAUGUCGUCUUCAAAUUGGCCUUCUUCGAGCUGACCUUCCAGUUUCGCACUCGCCAGCAACUACAAUGGGAGGUCAUCAGACACUACUCGAAACAGGCGAUAAAGCAGAUGUAUGUGCUGGUGUUGGGUUUGGACGUGCUGGGAAACCCCUUUGGACUGAUCCGAGGUCUGUCGGAGGGAGUGGAGGCUUUCUUCUACGAGCCCUAUCAGGGAGCUAUCCAGGGGCCAGAGGAGUUUGUGGAGGGUAUGGCGCUGGGGGUGAAAGCGCUGGUUGGAGGAGCAGUAGGUGGCAUUGCGGGCGCUGCCUCCAGGAUCACAGGCGCCAUGGCGAAGGGUGUGGCUGCCAUGACGAUGGACGAGGAGUACCAGCAGAAGAGACGGGAGGCUAUGAACAAGCAGCCUAGCGGCCUGAGAGAGGGCCUGACCCGCGGAGGCAAAGGACUGGUGUCUGGCUUUGUCAGUGGGAUCACAGGGAUUGUCACCAAGCCUAUUAAAGGUGCUCAGAAGGAGGGCGCGGCGGGCUUCUUUAAGGGUGUGGGCAAGGGGCUAGUGGGUGCUGUGGCCAGACCCACUGGAGGCAUCAUCGACAUGGCCAGCAGCACCUUCCAGGGCAUCAAGAGGGCAGCUGAGACAUCCCAGGAUGUGGAGAGUCUGCGUCCGCCUCGCUUCAUCCAUGAGGACGGGGUCAUCCGACCAUACAAGGAAAGAGAGGGCAUCGGCAGCCAGAUGCUACAGAAAAUUGAAAACGGAAGGUUCGCCAAGUACAGAUACUUUGCGCACGCCAAAGUGAACGAGUCCGAUUUCCUGAUGAUCACCAAAAGGGGAAUCUUUUUCGUGACCAAAGGUACAUUUGGACAGCUGACCUGCGAGUGGCAGUAUCUGUUCGACGAGUUCACCAAGGAGCCCAUGAUCGUGGAGGGGAGGCGGCUUCGGAUCGAGGCCAAGGAGAGAGUGAAGUCUGUGUUUCAUGCCAAAGAGUUUGGGAAGAUAAUAAACUUCAGAAGUCCAGAAAUAGCCAAGUGGGUUCUUACCAAGCUUGAAGACGCCAGGGAGAGUCUACACAAAUACUGAUUGGCCACUCUAAUAGGGCCACCAACCAGCACUGAGACAUGACAAAAAAGUACAACGUUGACUGUUAUAGUGUGUGUGUGUGUGUGUGUGUAUGCUAGGAGAGUAGGGUGUGCCUCCAUCAGUGUACUACUAACUCUCAGGUUAGACUUUAUCUUUCAUUCACACACACACACACACACACACACACACACACACACACACACGGACUGUCUGGACAUCUUGCAGACACACACGGACUCCACUAUCACAAACACCAUCACUGUUUCGGUUGUACACAGCAAUAUGGCAGGAAUAUCGGCUAACUCCUUGCACUACCGUAAGCCUGCAUGUGGUUGUACCCGAAGAGGCCGCGGUGGGAGUAUUUGAUGGCGGCAAACCUCUCUCGGAUGUUCUGUCGGUGUCACAGGUGAAGACAGUCUUUUCUCGGUCUGGGUUCUGCUCCUGGUACAUCUUCAGGAUGAACACCCUGGCUGCUUUAGGGUCAUUCUGCAGCCCUGGAAAUGAGCUUUAGUUAUGGCGUGUGGAGUCAGCCUCUAUCUCUAUGUCAGCUUGCAGUCUGUCUGUAAAACGAUGUUUGUGUUGUGAACGGCGAACACAAAACCCUACACACUGUCACCGCUCCGAUUGUACACAACUAUGUGCUAGAAAUUUCUCCUUUUCCCCAAAUAAAUGUUUUUUUGUUGUUGUUUUCGUUGAAAAAGUAGGGUACCUGAAUGACUUUUCAAACUGCCACUGUUGAAGUAGCCCUAUCCAUCACAUUUCAAUCCGUUUGCCAGUUACUGAGUGAUGUGCUUGAAACGAGAUUGUGGCCAAAUGUGAAGUAUUAUUGUGGGACUCGGAGCACUGGGUUUAACUGCCUUGAUAUGUAUAUGUUACACACACUGUUAUUUUACUGGUUUAUAUAGGAUGGGGGACACACACACACACAUACACACGUUAAACUGUUCAUCUGCUUGUUGUGAUAGUUAUUCUGUACCAAUACUCCCCCUCUUCCUAAAUCAUUAACUUAUGUUUUUCUAUACAUUUCUGCAAGCUAUGACUUUGCACGUGAUUGAAAAAAGCAUGCUAUUUUUAUACAGUACACGUCGAUCUGCUGUUAAAUGAUUUCAAUAGAGUAUCCUGUGUGUAUAUACAGGUAACUUCCAAAAUAAAGGAAACACCAACAUAGUGUCUUUAAUAGGGCAUCGGGCCACCCAAACAGCUUCAAUGCGCCUUGGAAUAGAUUAUACAAGUGUCUGGAACUAUUGGAGGGAUGUGAAACCAUUCUUCCACAAUAAAUGUAAUAUUUUUGUUUUGUUGAUGGUGGUGGACAAUGCUUGGAAUCUGGUGAUUGAGACACCCUGGGGCGGCAGGGUAGCAUAGUGGUUAGAGCGUUGGACUAGUAACCGGAAGGUCGCAAGUUCAAGUCCCCGAGCUGACAAAGUACAAAUUUGUCUUCUGCCCCUGAACAGACUGUUCCUAGGCCGUCAAUGAAAAUAAGAAUUUGUUCUUAACUGACUUGCCUAGUUAAAUAAAAACAACAACAAAAGACACCUGCUCCUUUGAGACCCCUCAUGGGCAACUGGGCAUUUUUAUAUUAUGACCCUAAGCAUGAUGGGAUGUUAUAUGGUUAAUUUACUCAGGAACCACACCUUUGGAAGCACCUGACUUCAAUAUAAUUUGUACCCCUCAUUUACUCAAGUGUUUCCGUUAUUUUGGAAGUUGUGUGUGUAUAGAUAUAGAUCUCUAUUUAAGACAGGCGGCACCUUAAUUGGGGAGGACGAGCUCAUAGUAAAUGGCUGGAAUGGAAUACAUUUCAAUGGUAUCAAACACAUGGAAACCAUGUGUUUGUUCUGUACCAUUCAAUGUGUUUAAUACCAAUCCAUUCUAGCCAUUGUUAUGAGCCGUCCUCCCCUCAGCAGCCUCCUGUGAUUUAAGAUCAUCUAUUGAGGGGUUGUAUCUCAUCAUUGCCGAUUUUCAUGUUUUUAUACAGCAGGUAUGCAAUGCCAUUAACGACGAAGAGUUAUGCAAUGGAGAGACAUAUUUCAAAUAAAUUGUCAGCUGCUACAUUCAUACUCAAAUGUUUUAAAGGUUUGUUUUGGUUUGGGGUCACUAAUUAAUGUAACUAAAUUAUUUAAUAUGUUUUCGCCUUUGUCAGCAAGUGCUCUCAUUGUGAGGCAGUAUAAAAUCACUGGUGCAGGUAAAGUUCUGCCAUUUUUUUGAAAAAUAAAGGGUCUAUUUAAUUUG